AUGCCCAGGAGUUGUACAGACCAAGUAAGUUCAGUUUUAUGCAUCAUUUACCACAUUUAUCUCGUGUUCGCUCAUCUCUUCUAUAAAAAUUCAGGAACACAACUGCUUGUAAUCUUGCUCUCUUACAACUUGAUCUUAUGUUUUUCAGGUAUCAAGUCACUGUUAUUUUUUUCUCUCUAUACAAAUGGUGCAGAAACAUUGAGCACCAAGAAGCACCCAGGUCAGAUACAUUGUCUGAACUGUAUACGAGCAGUGUCGACCACUUGGGUGAUCGCUGGACAUAUAAAUCUUCUGCUAAACACCAGGAAGUAUUUUCUGAACCAAGCAUUUUUGAAUGCCUUCCCGGCUGUAGACAGUUUUUUCCUCAUUGGUGGUGUAUUAGCCGGUUUCCUCUUUAUCAAAGAAAUGACACGUCAUCCAAAAAACCUUAAAAGUGGAGUUUAUUGGUCUCUGUAUUACAUCCAUCGCUAUAUCAGAUUGAGUGUACCGUAUUUCUUUUUCAUUGGUUUUUACGUGAUGAUGUGGCCAUAUCUUACAAAGGGUCCUAUGCAAGCUGAUUCCGACAUUGACCUAUGCAAAAAGUAUUGGUGGCGAAAUGUGCUCUACAUCAGCAAUUUUUUUGAUACCACAGAAAUUUGUAUGAUUCAUACAUGGUAUUUAUCAACAGAUAUGUGGAUUCAUUAUUUUACUCCACUGCUGCUAAUACCUCUUUGUUUUUCGCCAUUUCUUGGAGGUAUGGUAGCACUGUUGUUGAUGUUAGUGACGAUUGGAACAACCUAUGGCACAUAUAACAAAUACCACUUUCCUGCUUCUUGUUUUCUUGAUUGCAGUAUGCAUACUAAUCCAGCGGCGAUGAAUGACUUUAUGAAAUACAUUUAUAUGGCACCAUGGAUUCGUUUUAUUCCUAAUGUCAUUGGCGUAGUUACCGGAUAUUUUAUGUAUAAAAUUAAUGGUAGGAAAAUAAGACUACACUGGUUGCAAUUACAGGCAAUAUCUGGAUUAUUAUGGAUAGCAGCUAUAACAACAGGAGUCGGAUGUCUUUAUGGGUUGUAUGAUUACAAUCAGGGGAAAACCACUUUAAGUGAUUUUCAAAGUGCAUCUUACUACAUAUUUCAUCGAAUAGGUUGGUCACUGUCGUUAGCCUGGGUAGUUUUCGCUUGUCAUCACGAUAUGGCUGGACUUAUCAAAAAUUUUAUGGAACAUGGAUUUUGGAUGCCACUUGCCAGAUUAGGCUAUUGUGCUUAUUUAAUUCAUUUUAUGGUUAUCUAUGUGUUUCUUUCGCAGAACAAAGCUCCAUUACACUUCGACAAUAUGACUUACAUGCAUGUGGGACUACCAUGUUUUGUUAUUGCUUAUGCAUUUUCAUUUGUAUGGAGCUGUAGUUUUGAAUUGCCGUUUGCAAAAUUGGAGAAAUUGAUAACAACAAUGAUUAUUGGCAGUUUAAUGCGACGGCAAACCGCAACUACCAAAGUACUUAGUACAAAUACCGAGAAAGCUAAUACAAUUGUAUUUGAAGCAUCAAAUAAGGAUCAGACACCUGCCUCAUUUGGAAUCAUAAAGCUUCCAAAUGGUAACGCCUACAAAGAACUAGAUUUGAGUGGUUUUUCAAGACUGCCACCUUACAAUGCUCAGAACGCUAACUUUUCAGUAGCAACUAUUUCGAAAAACGAUCAACGGUUUUAG